GGUAGGAGGGGAUUGAUUACUACCAUUUGGGCCUUCAGACAGCGAAGAGAGACAGAGAUUCUAAAAUGCAAAGAAGUUUUCGAAGCAGACAUCAUUGUAAAAACUCUCUGCACUUUCACUUUCAUCAGUAAAACAGCACGGUCUCCUGCAUCACAGCUGUUUGUUGCAAACAUUGAAGGACAAAACAACGACACAUGAGACAAACAAGCACCACUCACCCAGCUUCAUUGAACUUCCAACUCUGUUCCCAACUUCCCAAAACUCUUCCAAGUGUUUUUCACCAUUUAAUGCCAAACUCCUUCAUAUCUGCUAUAAAUUUGGAGUUUGCCUUCUUAGAACCUACAGACCCACACAGAUUUUCUCUCACUUUAGAACAAUGAACCAUCUCUUUGAACUUCCUGAAAAGAUUUGCUAUGUGCAAUGUGGAAUCUGUACCACCAUUUUGCUGGUCAGUGUGCCGUGCAGCAGCUUGUCGAUGGAGGUGACCGUGACGUGCGGCCACUGCUCAAGCCUCCUUUCUGUUAACAUGCUGAGAGCCACUCUGGUUCCUCUUCAUUUUCUGUCUUCUCUAUCUCGCAAUCUGCCCAAAGAAACUUGUAGAGAAAUGAGUUCAGGGAAGUUGUUUGACAGUUUCAUAAGAUCAAACUUGAAAUUUUCUGAGUAUGAAGUUGAAGAAGGCUUGAUUCCUGUCACACCUCCCUCUGUAAACAAACCUCCUGAGAAAAGACAGCGUGUCCCAUCAGCAUACAACUGUUUCAUCAAGGAUGAAAUCAGAAGGCUCAAAGCUGAAAACCCUCAAAUGACUCACAAGGAGGCCUUCAGAACAGCUGCAAAAAAUUGGGCAAACUUCCCUCCAACAAUCCAACAAAAAGAAGACCCACAGAACACUCAAAUUCCAGAGGUAAAAACACCAUCUUUGAGAUCAGAAGUUAUGAUAUCCAAUCAACUCUUCAAACCCAUUACACCAAAUGGAAAGCAAAACACAAAUCAUUCAUAACGAUGCUUGAAAAUGCUCCUUUUCCAAAGCCGCAAAUUUAUGAGACUUCCAUUAAAAGGGUAGGAAAGCUCAUAAUAAUGAAGAAGUUGGGGCGUUUUUGUGGCAAUUUUAAGCAACUGACGCAGUAAUCAGAGUUUGUGUGUUUGAAAAGUUUCAGGUUGAGAAGAAUGGAAAGUGUUUCCCAAGGCCUUCAGUUUUGACAUAACUCACCAUUUCAGUGGAAGCCAUGCCUGCAAUGCUUUCACUUUCUGCUCUCUUACUUCAAAAGGGUUGAUGCCAUUGGGAAUCAAAGUUUCUUCCUUUUUUUCUCCUUUUCUCAGUCGAUUAACUGUCUGGAAAGCUUGGAUUUUUAUAGAAUCUUCUGCAUGUCGGUUUGUGUUUUCUUUACUAAAUCGCCCUUUUCAACUUUGAAACUAUCAACCAGAAUUCUUGGUUCCGAA